AGCGGAGCUAACCUAGGGUUUGUGAGCAAGGACGAACAGGUAUAAAAGCGAGCCUCCGCGCCGCCGUCGCACCGUUCCGCAGGCCGCAGCCACCACCACGCCACCGGAGCACAGCGACGCGCCGCCGCGGCUUCAUCGUCUCCGCUACAGCGAAAUGGCGACGGUUCCGGAGCCUUUGUUCUGGGAGAUUGUGAAGAAGAACAACUGCUUCCUCGUGAAGCAGUUUGGAAACAGCAAUGCCAAGGUGCAGUUCACCAAGGAGCCCAACAACCUGUACAAUGUUCACUCCUACAAGCACUCUGGCUUGGCGAACAAGAAGACCGUGACGAUCCAGCCAUCAGGUGGAAAGGACGCGGCUGUGGUCCUCUCCACGACCAAGACCAAGAAGCAGAAUGCCCCAGCUAAGCUCUACCACAAGUCUGUGAUGCGCAAGGAGUUCCGCAAGAUGGCUAAGGCUGUCAAGAACCAGGUUAGUGACAACUACUACAGGCCAGAUCUGACCAAACCGGCUCUUGCAAGGCUUAGCUCAGUGUACCGCAGCCUCCAGGUUGCCAAGUCUGGUGUGAAGAAGAAGAACAGGCAGCCAGCCAAGCUGUAAAUCGCUUGAAGCUGCGCGUUUUUGUCAUGGCACCUCUUGAUGCUCAUGUUUCCAGCUACCUCUGUUCUAAAAGUGUCCAGACUUGAAAUGAGGGAUCUCUGUUAGAAUUGGAUCAACCUUGUCACAGAUCUGCCGUGUAGUUUGUAUUCUAGACAGUUUAUCUGCUCGGUGUCCUUACAAAUUGUUUGCUUUGCACUUAUUAUAGUAGCUAAUGUCAUCAAAUUGUGGGCCCCUGUUGCUACUAUGUGGAUUUACAAUCUGCACGUUAGUAGUAGCAAAUCUAGCUAUCUCCUUGAUCUCCUGGACAAGUUGAUAGAAAGCCUAUGAACGUAAGCACUCCCUCCGUUUUGAAAUGUUUGUUUUGAAAUGUUUGUUGA